AUAGAUAAUUGCCAGCUGUGCAAUAAUUACGCUUGUGGCCGAAUUACUUUAUUUUCAUUAAGAUUUUUAACGAAACAUGCUGCCCAAACUGAAGAUUUCCGCAUUCCUGCUUAAGCGCCUGGAGCGAACUAAGCAACAGUGCAGUGGUUGUUUAUAUGGAGUUUUCUACGGAGAGGGAACCCUACUCCUUCUGAGUUUCAACAUUGAGUCCAGUUUGGGACAGCUGAACUACGAGCAGAUUCAGCACAGAUUCCCGGCAGAGCUGGAUCUUUGUGGGCUAGUAAAGUUCGGCGAUUGCACCGAUGGCGAGGCACACCUUAAUGAGGUCAUCAAAUCAGUGGACAUCACUGAUAAUCCCAUCCUGCUGCAGUGCGAACUGGGUACCUUGGUUGGCCUACGUGCAUCUUUCUUUGUCCACGGCAAACUGGAGGAGGUGCCCUACGAGGUGAUGGAGGCAGAGCAGCUGUACAAUGACUUCUGUUUCACGCGGCUUCAGUGCGGAUUCUUUCUGCAAACAGCUGCCACACGGGAAUCCGUUUCCCGGGAAAUGCACGUGCUGCGCAAGCGUGUGGCCGAUGGCAGUCUGGUGUUUAAUGUACCGCAGACCAAGAUCUUCAUCAACAGCUGCGGCCCACUGGAUCAGCAGUUUACCAGUGGAUCCCAAAUACAGGACCUUAUUGAUGUCAUUCCUAGUCCAGGAAAUGAAAAGGAGUCUGCCGGUGGCGACAAGAAGAAGGGCAAGCAAGCCCCGGUCAAGCGCCUGGCGCCCACUGGCUGCGACUACGAGGUAAUCCCCAUCGAUGUGCUGCGCACUCGCAGCCGGGAUCCCGUCGCCCGGGAUUCGCCACCCCAUCCGGCACUAAGCAUAGGCGUGUUCACCGAGGAGCAGACCAGAGUACAGGUUCCACUGCAAGUGGAAGCCAUGGCCAUCCUGUGCCGGAAGACCAAACUGCUGCGGCUGUACGAUGUGCUUAUCGAGAGCAUCUGCCGGGCUUUGAGAUUAUUCGAGCUUAGCCUCAUCGAACACCUCACAGAAUCCGAGAGCGGCAAGUUGCUGGUGCCCGCCAGCUACCACUUUUAUCCGCAGGAGUUCGGACACUUUGUAAGCUGCGCCUACCUGGAGGAUCUGGGCGAUGAUGAGCCGAGCAUGCAGGAAAGACGGAAGCGACUCCAUCGCCAGUUUGCCUUGCCUGUCAGUCGUCCGUACUUCCGCCGAGCCAAUCAGGUGCGCUUCCUCGGCGAAUCGGAGGACACACCGUGGACUCCGCUGCUGAACACGCACAUUGGAGUCCGUCCCAGUGGCGUUACCGAUGGCAAGGAGUACUUGGUGAACGGCAACUACCACUACUACCACUAUCUGCAGCAGCAGGUGCAGGAUAAGGGAUGGGGCUGCGCCUACCGAUCGCUGCAGACGAUCUGCUCGUGGUUCGUCCUGCAGGGCUAUACGAACGCACCGAUUCCCACGCACCUCGAGGUGCAGGAGUACCUGCACAAGAUCAACGACAAGCCGGCCGCCUUUGUCGGCUCCUCGCAAUGGAUUGGCUCCACGGAGAUCAGCAUGUGCCUUCAGGGAUUCCUCAACGUGGACUCGAAGAUCCUGCACGUGGCCUCCGGGGCGGAGUUGGCCACCGUGGCCUCUGAGCUGGCGAUGCACUUCCAGACGCAAGGAACCCCGGUGAUGAUCGGCGGCGGUGUGCUGGCCCACACGAUUAUCGGAGUGGACUACUGCGUGCAGACGGGUCAGGUGAAGUUCCUCAUCCUGGACCCGCAUUACACAGGAGCCGAUGAUCUGGCCACUAUUCAGAUCAAGGGCUGGUGCGGCUGGAAGGGCAUGGACUUCUGGGCGAAGGGCAGCUACUACAACCUCUGCAUGCCCCAGCGACCGAUCUUGUAUUAAGUUCCGCCACAUCCAUUUCCAUUUGCAUUUAAGUAGGUUAGGCUGGGUCGAACUGCUUUUUAAUUACUUAUUUUCGAACGGAAUAUUUAAACUAGUCGGAAUUCAUUUUCUUGAAGGUCUGGUACGAAAAGCAAAACAAACAAAAUGGUUUUAUAUAUGUUUUAUUUGUUGAACGCAUAUUCAUUUAUUGAUCAGUUCCAUAUUUCCUUUGUAAAAGUCCAACCAGACCUUAAGUAUUCAAGAAAUUGAUUUCGAAUUGCUUUUACAUCGUUUCCUUCGGCUCAGUUCUUAAUUAAUGGCAUUCUAACAUGUCGACCCUCCCUGAAGUACGAUCUAAGGUCAAGCUUUAAAGUGGUUUCGUGUGUAAUAAUUUCUUGUAUAUGAUACCUAUGUACUUUAAUAUUAUUCUCCUUCUUGUACGUUAUAUGUCGAUGCUAUAUCUCCCACUCAAUUAUUAAACAAUAUACUAAACAGUUA